AUGAGAGUGGGGACCCCCAUGAAUGGGAUCAGGGUCUUUAUAAAGAAGCCCCCGGAGAGCUCCCUGACACCUUCCUCCAGACAAGGACAGAGUGAGAAGACGCUGUCCAUGAACCAGGGAGACGGACCACAGCAGACGCUGACUCUGCUGGCACCUCGAUCUUGGACUCGCAGCGACCAGACCCCCCCCCCGGUCCCCACCACGGCCACGUCCACCCUGUCCGCCUGCUCCAGCAUCCUGAGCUACGAGCGGCUCUGCCUGCCCGGUUCCUGCACCGGCCCCUGCUGGCAGGUGGACGACUGCCCAGAGAGCUGCUGCGAGCCCCCUGCCGCGCCCCCAGCUGCUGCGCCUCAGCCCCUGCCUGACCCUCGUCUGCGCCCAGUGAGCUGCGUGUCCAGCCACUGCCGCCAACCAGCCUGCAGCAGCCCUGCCCCCUGCCAGCAGGCCUGCUGCGUGCCUCCUGUCUGCUGCGAGCCUGUCUGCUGCACACCUGUCUGCUGCAAGCCUGUCUGCUGCACACCUGUCUGCUGCGAGCCUGUCUGCUGCGAGCCUGUCUGCUGCAAACCUGUCUGCUGCGAGCCUGUCUGCUGCACACCUGUCUGCUGCACGCCUGUCUGCUGAGAUCCUGUCUGCUGCGAGCCCGUGUGCUGUGAGGCCGCCCCCUGCUCAGCCCCCUCGUGCCGCCAGCCCAGCCCCUGCCCCCCGUCCUGCCGCAGACCCUCCUCCUCCGUGUCCCUGCUCUGCCGGCCCGUGUGCUGUGCCCACCCCUCCUUCCAGCCCAGCUGCUGCCGCCUGGCCUCCUCCGUGUCCCCGCCUCGGGGCCCACCGUCCCCAAAGCCGGCAAGGGAGGCGGGCGUGGCAGCUGAAGUCUCGGACCCUGAGCGGGCCCUGGGCUCCUCCCACGCCCACCCCCUGCCUGUGCAGGUUAAAGAAAACAGGCCGACUGCCGGCUCUGUGGGCGUCCACGCCGGCUCCGUGGGCGUCCACGCCGGCUCCGUGGGCGUCCACGCCGGUCAGGCCACAGCGCAGACUCGGAAGGAGAGAAUCGGUCAGAGACAGCCAGGUCUCUACUUUGGAGAGCUUGUGUAG